AUAACAUCAUUUUUUUUAGCCUAUAUUAUUUUAUUUUUUAAUUAUUGAUUUGUGAUCAUCUGAUAAUUUUUAAUUUUGAGUAUAUAACCACAUUUAAAAUUAAACCAACAAUUCUCAACGACGCACAAUAACUUCAAAAUAGAUAACAAGAUAGCCAAUCAAAGAAGAGAUGAAAGUUAUGCACUUAAACAACUCUCAAAAUUCUUCCUUGCACAAUAAUAUUUCGAUAAACGAUAUUAGGCCCACUUCCCCAGCGUCGACAAAUGCACCUCACAAAAUUGUUAUGGAUCAAUAUGAAGGGGAGGUUUCCAAAUUUUGGGAUUUGUACAUUGGUUCGCGAACUGAAAGGGUCAAAAAUUAUUCGGACACGCUUGUUACUACACUAAGACAAAAAGGUUACCAUAGGAUAUUGGAUGUUGCUUGCGGAAAUGGAAUAGAUUCAAUAAUGCUCCUAGAAAAUGGUUUUGAUGUGGUAAGUAUUGAUGCAUCGGACAAGAUGUUAAAACCUGCUCUUAAAACUAGGUGGAGCCGAAGGAAAGAAAACGCGUUUGAUAAUUGGGCCAUCGAAGAAGCUAAUUGGUUGACACUUAAGGAUGACUUAGAGAACUUGGGUUAUGAGACAAAUUUUGACGCUGUCAUAUGCUUAGGAAACUCUUUUGCUCAUUUACCAGAUUUGGGGAACCAUCAAGAAGAACAGCGCACAGCCUUGAAGAAUUUUAGAGACGUCCUUAGACCUGGUGGAUCCUUAAUUAUCGAUCACAGGAAUUACGAUUAUAUUUUGAAAAGUGGUAAAUGCCCAUGCAGAAAUAUAUAUUACAACAGCAAAAAUAUCAAAGAUAUAACUACCUCUCUGCUCUACGUUAACUUUAUACCAAAAAUGAUAGCAUUGGAUUAUGAUUUAGAGAUACCUAAGCCAGGCAAAGGACAAAAUGGGGAACAAAAUCUUAUUUCUUUCCGUCUCACUUACUAUCCUCAUUUGUUGAGAGCAUUUACCAAGCUUUUGCAAGACACAUUUGGUGAGAACGCGAAAUACGAGGUAAGCAGUGAUUUCAAUAAACAAAUUAUGGCUGAUCAGCUGGAAGGGAAAGAUCCAUCAUUUAAUCCCGAGACUAAUGAUACUGCAUUUUACAUUCAUUCAAUCGAGAAAAAUUGAUCAUUUUUAUCUAUCAUUUAAUUUCAUUAUUAAUUUUUUAUUUUUGAAAUUGUCAAGAGAAAAUGUUAUAUAAAUAUAUUUAUAAUCAUAAUUUAUGAGACAACUCAUUUUUAUUAGUUUUGAUGGGCCAUUUUAAAGCCAACGAAAUAAUAAUAAUUAUUUAUUUUUAUCUACAAUACAAACGUCAAAAUGAAAAAAAGUUGUUAAUCUUUUAAGC